AUGGCAUUCAAAAAUGCUCUUCAGCAACUUGACGCUUCUCUCGGCCAGCAUACUAAUAGCUUAUCUAGUAAGAUGGCGGGGCUUCGGCUGAACAAUGCACACACUAAACCACCACGAGACUUCCGAUCGGUCGCAACUGCCCGACCACGUCCAGAUCUUGUAGAAAUUUCUGACGAUUCGGACUCCAUUGAGCCUUCUCGGCAUCAGUACCAUCGCAGUCCACUGCAAAGACCCGACACACCUGACCCGCGCGUUCCCGUAGGAGGCGGCUCGAUCUCAGACCCGGCCAUGCUCUCUGAUUCAGACGAGACUUUCAGUCUCGAUCAGCCUGCUCGCGUCAGGGCACGACCAACUAAGCGACCAAAAUUGCAUCACGAACAUCAUCUUCAACCUCGCGACAAAGUAUCUCCACCGACCAGGCCAUUCAAAACGGAGCAGCCCGAGAGAUUGCCCGACAUCGCUCGCCGUGGCCACACUCGCCCUCAUCCUGAUUACAGCGAUUACAGCGGUCCCCUACAGCCUGCCGCACGCACAAAGGAAGAAACCGAACCCCCGUAUUACUACGAUGCAGAACUUGAUAUGCACAUGUACCGCGGAUCGGGCUUCGAGCGCUUCCCCGUCGCAAUCGGUACGUUUGAAGGUCACAAGGAGCUAUGCGAAAAAUGGGAUCGUGAGCCCGCAGCAAUCAGUCAGGUGUCACAGUCAGUAGACCUCUCCCCGCAGGAGAGUCACUUUCGCAAAUGCGAGGAUCAAGCAUUGAGUGCGGCUCUCGAGAUCCUACCUGAUAUCGAGCACGCCUUCGUCCGAGAACAAUUCAACUUGCUUUCUCGUCAGAAUCCACAACUGGCCCCGGAGCAGCUAUCGGCAGAUCUAUUGAUCAGUCAUUUUCUCGAACUACCAGACUAUAACAAAGCGGACAGAAAGGACAAGAAGCCAACCACAGAGCCCUCUCCAGAUGGCACAGGUGUAACUAUCCCUUUCAACAAGCACUUUCAACAACGACCAUCGUAUCUAAAGGAGGCCGUCAUGUUACUAGCAUGGCAAUUCCGCCACGUACCUACGUGCUACAUUUUCAAGGUUGUUGAAGAGAAGACAAGCAUCUACGAGUCGUACCUUCACAUUCACGCGUUGGAUACCAACUACUACAGCCUCCCGUCGUCUCAGAGGCCUUAUCGGCGCAUGAAACAGCCUAGACAAAACAUCGAGAAGAAGUACACAAAAAAGACGCAUGAGCUGCGUGACCACGAAGCCUAUCCUCACUGGAUAAAUGAGAUACAAGCUGCCAAACAGCACAUUGAACGGGAAACAAUCAAGAGCAAUGAGAAACAGAAAGAUGCUGCUGCUGAAGAAGCUAAUCUUGAGCAACACCGCGCCAAUGGCUGGCUCGUGGAGUGCCGAGUCUGUUUCGACACAGAGACUCCCAUGAACCGUGCUGUAAUUUGCACAGGCGAGAAUGGUCACUUCUUCUGUUUCUCUUGCGUUGCACAGCUAGCUGAGACGCAGGCUGGCAUGCUCAAAUACGAAAUGCUUUGCAUGGAUGAGAGUGGCUGCAAGGCCGCACUUGAUCCUGAGGGCGUCGGACAAGCUGUGCCGAUCAAGACAGUGGAUAGGUUAGCUCUUAACCAACAGCAGGCUGAAAUUGCUGCCGCUGACUUGGAAGGACUCGAACAGUGUCCCUACUGUGAGUUCAGAGCCAUCAUGGAUCCUGUUGAGACUGCUGUGGUUUUUCAAUGCUUCAACCCAGAUUGCCGCCGUGCCUCAUGUCGAAAGUGCAGACAGGAUGCUCACGUUCCGAAAAGUUGCGAAGAGGUCAGGGCCGAACGAGGUCUGUCUGAGCGCCAUCUUGUCGAAGAAGCGCGUUCUGAGUCAGUCAUGAGGCCAUGUCCGAAGUGUAAGGUCAAGAUCAUGAAAGAACACGGCUGCAACAAGAUGGCUUGCACGCAGUGCGGGUGUCUAAUGUGUUAUCUAUGCAAGAUAGAUAUCUCCCGAACAGGUUAUGAGCAUUUCAAUAAGCCGGGUAGCAAGUGUCAGCUCUACGAUCGGAACACGAAUGCCCUACACGAUGAAGAAGCGGAUGCUGCGGAGCUUGAAGCCAUCAAGAAAGUGAAAGCUCAGAAUGCGGAUCUGGACGUGAAUCUGCUUCAGAUCGAAACUGGCAAAGCGAAGAAACCUAGGGCACAGCCAGACAACGAUAUUAGUGCUGGGCUUGCCUUGGAAGGAGAUCGCCAUGGUCUACAGCAACAUCUUGCGGACCUUCAUGUUGCUGGUCAACGUCUCCGCGAUGUUGCCGCCGCUAUGCGAGCACUUCCAGCAGGUAAUGAAUUGCCUCGUGAGCCGCCUCUAUUUCAGCGGGCUGCUGGUAUGUAUGGACCAGGUGCCGUUGCGCAACGUGCACAGCGAGAUCAGCGAGCGAUGCAUGAGGUGGCCAGAGCCCGUGCGGCUGUACGAGGCAACGCAGGCAGGCAGCCGCCUCCCAUGCCAGAAAUGGACCACGUACGCAUUGAUCAAGCCCGAGAUCUGCCAAAUUUCAACGCUUACCUGCCUGCUCAGCUGCAGCUUCGCGACAACCAACAGCAGAACUUCCAUGGUCUGCACAUGGGGUUGCCAGACCUCGGUGAUUAUGCUAAUUUUCCUCAAAGAGAAGAGCAGCGCAUGAAUGGUGAAUUCGCACGCUGGGAAGCAGAUCUGGAUGCACUCAUACAGCCACUAGCGCCGCCUGCGUUACCAGCUCAGCACCAACCGCCUCAGCGGCCCGCAUACGCGGGCUAUCCUCUGCCAGCACGCCCACCACAACCACAUCAGGCUCUGAACGCGGUGAAUUUGGACCAGCUCAAUGAUCAGAACGAGGGCAAUGGCGGUGGAGGCUGGGCUCGUCUUUAUGGGUGGCUACCUUUCAACUUCCAGUGA